UGUAAUGCCGUGGGAGUGUGGAAGUGUCCUGAGAAAGGGACAUGGCGAUCGGCUGUACGGAUGGUGCAAGCGUACAACUACUGUCCUGAACUAGGCGACAAUUCCACAACUGAGCGUAGUGGAUCGUCCUGCAGGACUUUCUCUGCGCUAUUCCGAGAGCAUCCAUGUUUCACUACUCUUCGCUGAGCUGAGGACAAGCUUUGCAGCUUGAGAGCAGUCAUUGAUUCGGAUGACUUCUGAAACUUCGAUGUCCUUUUCAUCUGAAUUUGCAGCCUAGGACCUGAAGCGCAACCAAAAAGAACCAUGAUUCUGGAUAGGCUCGCAAGGUCGAUGAUCUUUUCAUCUGGAGUUCAAGGGCUGAUGAGAUUCAAGUGAAUCAUUCUGGUUCCUGCGCUUGAUCGCUCGACAUGUUUUCCCAAAGUAUCCCACUCUGGGCGGCCAGAGGUGUAUCAGAGUCAACUACUACUGUGAAGAUUUCUAGGAGUUCGUUCCGAUCACUUUCUCUUCACGACGAACUCAAAUCGACCUGCCAUGAUUACUUCUAGUUCCAGGAAUAUACUGCUCGCUCAGAUGCUUGGAUGCGACGGAACUCCGUGAGCUCACGCUGGGCCCACUAGAGCCAUUCUGCUUUCUUUGCAGUCAUCCGAAAUCAAAUCAGCUUCAGGAUCACAUCGAGGAAUCAUAGGAACAUUACGGAGGCUGAAUAUGGUUCCACGACAGAAUAGAACCGUACUCGUGGCUCCAGAUUUUUCCUGCGGCUGCUUAGUCGGAAUCAGAUGCUGUGGAGAUGGGAACCAUGUCGAGGAACAUGAUUCUCCUCACGAUGACGGUGGAAGGUAUAUGGGCCGACGACAUCAGAGAGAACAAUUUGGUGACGUGUGUGAAAGUUAUGUUCGAUCGGAUGAAUCCUUCUUUGGGUAUCACUUGACCACGGAAAGCAUGCGGUGGGAGAGUCCUGUACACAUGCUGCUAUGGUCGUUAUGAGAACUCAUUAUUCUAACGGAUCUAUGGAUAGUCGGAGGCAGCAAUUCGUAACUAAAGUUGCGGUAGUUGACAGAUCUAUCGCAGAAUUGUAAUCGAAUAGAGGUUUGGGCUGUGGGUUCGAAAUGGGUAGCAUCGGUUGAUUACAACCAGGUGAUGGCAUCAUGACAUUUAUGAUAUCAUCCUGCAGCAGACGGAUCCAGUGAAUGAAAUCAGGAGAGAGGGGAUUAUGGAGAUCAGGUGUAGAUUUAGUUUCUCGGACAAAUUGCACUGUUGAAUAUUAGUAUCUGGGAAGAUCUUGUUGAUAAUGUACUCCGAGACAGCGAGCACUUCACGCUCCAUUCUC